AGUUCUCCAUUUUGUAUGUUUUUCUUGUGGAGGUUAGCGCCUUACUUACUUUCCUUAACAGCUAGCUGCGACUCUCUCCACAGCUCAGUCAGUUUAACGCAGUUUGCAUGACUAUUUACAGCUGGACUGAUCAGACACAGGCAGCUUGACGUGCUUUGUUGUCGUGUUUUGAUCAAGUAGCUCUAGAAGGCUUUGAGGAGCAGCGUUAACAAACAUUGAGUCAGUGUUGCGUGUUGUGCACACUUUACACCAAAACAAUGUUGACAGACGACUUGUGGACACAUCAGUCAUUUCAACGAUGGACAAAGGUGGAGUGAAGAAGAUAACAUAUAGAAGAGAUGACCAUUUAAGCAAAUUGGUCUACACUGAAAGCCCUGAGGAGGGAGGUCUGCUGAAAGUGGCUCCUCACAGUGCUAUGUCCAUCGCCUCCGUUCUUCCAUCCAGCUCGUUGAUGCAGCCAGGACAGGUGCUUAACGGCCUCAGCAACAGCCCCCUUCCAGAGGAGCUCACCUCUGCCUCCAUCACCACCACCGCCACAGUAGGCCCCUUGUUGGAAGAUCCAGAGCCCCGGGGUCUGGCCAAAGAUCAGAAGCUCCAGCAGCAGCAGCAGUUACUCCAGACACAGACUCUCACUACGUUUGGGCGUCAAACCUUGAGGGACAAUUUGCCCCAGUUGGAGGCCAGUAUAGCAGACAUUUCCCAGUCCUGUAUGGAUUCACUUAUUGGGGGAUCAGAUCCCAAUUUCUUCCACAUGAAACAAGAGGAUUUCUCCAUGGAUAAAGGAGACCAGGAUCCCAUUGACCUUGAUCAUGCUUUUGAUCACAUAGGGAAAGAUGUGGACGUGAACCAGAAAUUUUUCAGUGACAACACUCUGGACCUGCUCCAAGACUUCGAGCUCACUGGCUCCCCCUCAGACUUUUAUGUAGGGGAUGACGCCUUCCUGUCCACACUGGCGGACGAUUCUCUGCUUGGGGACGUUAGCUCAGAGAGGGACAUAAAGCCUGCCGUGGCUGAGAGCAUUAAUGGCAGUGGGGCAGUCUCUGUUGCUCUUAAUGGCAGCAGUCUGACAAGCCCAGACCAGUCCAGCCCUAGCGUAUCAACAGCUCCCUCCUUACUUCCUACAACCACUUUGUCUGCGUUGGUGAAAAAAGAAAAAGAUGCUGGCUUCAUUCAGCUCUGCACGCAAGGUGUGAUCAAACAGGAGAAGAUGUCAGCAGGCCAGAGUUAUUGCCAAAUGAGCGGCACGUCUUCCACAGACAUGCCCAGCGCCAACACCAUCUCCAUCUGUGGGGUCAGCACUUCAGGAGGACAGAGCUACCACUUUGGAGUCAGCCCCAGCAGCAAUGAAGCUCAGCAACAGAAGGAUCAGAAGCAAGUGUCCAGCCUGUUUAUCCCAGUGACGACCAUCGGCGGGGCCUGGAACAGGAUCCAGAGUGUCGUGGACAACUCUGCGAUGCUCAGGGCCAGCGAUGCUUUCUCAAACUCUCCCUUGUACCCCACCAGCUUUCCCAGGCAGGAUGUGGUCAGCGCUGCAUCCUUGGCACAGGGAAAGGGCGGGCUCCAUAAAAGCUGCCUGGUGUGCUCUGACGAGGCUUCAGGCUGCCACUACGGCGUUCGCACCUGUGGAAGCUGCAAGGUCUUUUUCAAGAGAGCAGUGGAAGGGCAGCAUAAUUACCUGUGUGCUGGAAGGAACGACUGUAUAAUAGACAAAAUCAGGAGAAAGAACUGCCCAGCCUGCCGCUUCCGGAAGUGUCAGAUGGCAGGCAUGAACCUGGAAGCGCGCAAAACCAAGAAGAACGCGCGCUUAAAGGGCGGCCAGCAGAGCAACCCGUCCGAGCUGACUCCUUGUCCGCCGAUUGAGGCUCGCUCCCUUUUACCCAAGUGCAUGCCUCAACUCAUUCCCACGAUGCUUUCCCUGCUGAAGGCCAUCGAGCCGGACACCAUCUACGCCGGCUACGACAGCACCGUGCCCGACACCUCCACCCGCCUCAUGACCACCCUCAAUAGGCUGGGCGGCCGGCAGGUCAUCUCUGCGGUCAAGUGGGCCAAGGCCCUACCAGGUUUCAGGAACCUGCACCUGGACGACCAGAUGACUCUGCUGCAGUGCUCCUGGCUCUUCCUCAUGUCUUUCGGUCUGGGCUGGAGAUCGUACCAGCAAUGCAACGGCAACAUGCUCUGCUUCGCACCAGACCUCGUCAUCAACGAGGAGCGGAUGAAGCUGCCAUACAUGGCCGACCAGUGCGAGCAGAUGCUGAAGAUCUCCAGCGAGUUCGUCCGGCUGCAGGUUUCCCACGACGAGUAUUUGUGCAUGAAGGUCCUGCUACUGCUCAGCACAGUGCCAAAGGACGGCCUGAAGAGCCAGGCGGUGUUCGACGACAUUCGCAUGUCGUACAUUAAGGAGCUGGGGAAAGCCAUCGUGAAGCGCGAGGAGAACUCCAGCCAGAACUGGCAGCGUUUCUAUCAGCUCACCAAGCUGCUAGACUCCAUGCAUGAGUAUGUCGGUGGACUGCUCAACUUCUGCUUCUACACGUUUGUGAAUAAAUCUUUGAGUGUGGAGUUCCCGGAGAUGCUCGCCGAGAUCAUCAGCAACCAGUUACCAAAAUUCAAGGCCGGGAGCGUGAAACCUCUCCUCUUCCACCAGAGAUGACUGACCCCUGUAACAGACACAAUGCCUUAAAAAUCCCACCACAUCACCUCACCAAUCCCAACCCCCAACCACCCCCACCCCCCCUGAGGAGCGACGAUGACAGGGCCGAGGAUCCGAGGCGAGGAGUGAAUGAUGUUUUGUGGGAAGCGAGUAUGCAACUUUGUGUAGCGGCUCCACGGGUCUGGAGGGAGAGAGAGUGGACAGACUGGAGACAGCGAGCACAGAGUUUUUUUUUGUUUUGUUGAGCAGUCUACGAUGUUGUGUAUAACAAGUAGGAAAUGUUUGUAAGAUAAAAGAUAAUCACAAAGAGAUAUAGGCUAGCAUCCAUGUCGUCUCAGGUUUCUUACCUUCAAAUACAGAACGAUAUCUAAGAUAGAUACAACAAAUAUCUAUGUACAGGUUCUGAUAGUAUUUUCUACAUUUUCAAAUUGUAACAGUUUAUACAAUUUUCCAGGUCGUUGUUACCUGGGAAGGUAACAAAGCUUAAUUAAUAACAUGCUCUUAAGUAGGCUUUUAGACUGUAUGUUCCUCAUUUAGUUUUUAUAGGAGGUUGUAACAAAAUGUUUAUCAGUCAUAUGGGGGAAAGAACUCUUGUUUUCCUGUCAUUUAAAAAAGCAUUUCAUUGCUUUGAUUGAUACCUUGGACAUAAGAAACAAUUCUGUUGGAUUGUUAAUCAUCGUUAGAAGGAUGAUUCCUCCCACAAGUCGACCUCUUCCAGGUUUACACACGUCUAUUAUAAAAGGGAAAAAAAUAUGUGCCUUUUUUGCUUCAAAAAAUAUCAUCUUAGCCAUUUCUUCAUUCCUGUUCAAGGCGUGCUCUCUGUAACCCACCAUGGUAUACCUUCAUCGUAUGUUGAUUGUACUCUUUAUGUUACAUGCAGUUGCAAGUUUUCCUUUUUUUUUUUUCUUCAAUGGCUGUGUUUAUCUUUUAGAAG